AUGGCUUCCUUCGUAGACAGCAUCGAGUACAAGCUCGAGAACAUCCCAGCGACAGCUGUUGCUUCGGAUGAGAUUGACAAGACAUUCCGCUCUAGCAGCAUUGAUCUGAUUUCUGGGACAUUGGGCGGUAAGAUCCUUGCCUUCUCUGAUCAAUGGUUCGCCGAAGCCGCCAACCUGCUGACCCCCACUGCCCCCAUCCGGCAGCCGGGCAAGAUGGUCUUCACGGGUGCCUGGUACGACGGUUGGGAGACCAGACGCCACAACCAGGAGCCCUUCGACUGGGUCAUUGUCCGCCUCGGCGUCGCCUCCGGUACCGUCGAGGGUGUUGAGGUCGACACUGCCUUCUUCUCCGGCAACCACGCCCCGGCCAUCUCCGUCGAGGGCUGCUUCAGCGACAACGACGAAGAGGUUGUCUCGUGGAAGGACGGGCGGGGUAAGUGGGAGACGGUCCUCGGGAUCCAGGAGUGCGGCCCGUCGCAGCGUUUCGGGUGGAAGCUCGCUGAACCUACCAAGAAGCAGUACACGCACGUGAGGCUCAACAUGUACCCGGACGGCGGCAUCGCCAGGUUCCGGCUCUUUGGCCACGCAGUCCCCGUCUUCCCUGAAGACAAGGAGGCCAUCUUCGACCUGGCGGCCGCUCAGAACGGCGGGGUUGCCAUCUCCUGCAGCGACCAGCAUUUCGGUACCAAGGAUAACCUGCUCCUGCCUGGACGUGGCAAGGAUAUGGGCGACGGGUGGGAGACGGCUCGGUCACGCGGCCCUGGCCAUGUUGACUGGACUAUUAUCAAGCUCGGCGCACCUGGGUAUAUCCAAGAACUUGUCGUCGACACUGCGCAUUUCAGGGGCAACUUUCCUCAAAAGGUGGCCGUCCAGGGUAUUGAAUGGAAGGGAGAAGGAGAGCCGGACGAUAAGUCAUCAGGAUGGGUAGAGUUGGUGGCUCCAAGCAAGACGGGUCCCGAUCAGGAACACAAGUUUGCGAGCAGCGCCAAGGAAGCCCCCUUCACACAUAUCAAGCUCAUCAUGAUUCCCGAUGGCGUUCUGGCUCCUCCUCUAGGUCCAUCAUUAGAGGAGCUCAACAUUAAACGGACUUGGAAUUCGCAACAGCUAGAUCUACAGCCUCUUCGAGACACACUGGCUAUUCGAAGGCCCUCCGUUUCUCUUUCAACGAUCUCUGACAACGCAUAUAAGGAAUUCCAGAAGAAUUUAAAAGCAGCGAAAAAUGGCGAGGAAUUUGGGCAUUGCCUUAUUCCUACCCUGAUGGGUAGUGAGUACCCGAGAAACCUCUUCGCCCUUCAUGCACCAUUCGUGAACCUUCAUCCUUUUGGAUACAACAUACCAGCAGCCCAGCCGGAUUUAUACUGCGGAGAGCACCCACGUGAGAGCCUUCACAGGCCAAUUCGUGAAGCUCUCGCCAAGCGCAUAGCCCCAUCACUGUCGCAGGCGAUGCCGAUAAUCCCAAACUUCUUCUUUGAAUACGAAGAUCCGGUUAUUGCUGAGAGAGGUGUGAAGUCCCGAGCUCAGUAUGAUGGGGCUAUUGGAUCUCGUGCCAUCCACAGUAUACAAAAUUAUGGAAACGAAGAGCUACAAUAUGACGAUCAGCCCUACACCUUCUCGGCAACAUAUGACGAGGGCAUUCUUACGCUCUAUGCUCACCACGUCACGGGACCUUCUAGCGAGGGUGAAUUGCCCCAGUUUCAUAUGAAUCUAAUCCGGCAUAUUCACAUCUUGGACAGUCGCGAAUCACUCAUCGAAGGCAUAACAGCCUUUAGGAAUGCUAGGGAUGAGGCUAAAAAACAUCGAGAUCGUUUCAUUGCGGCUGCGAACAGUAAAGGAUCCGGCCAGCAGGAACAGGCAGAUAUCCAGGGAAACCAGUUUCUCAACGCACUCCAACAUCACAAUCCCAGUAGUGAUCCCGUUCGUCAGAUGGCGGAGUUCGUUCAACAGGCCUACCCACAACCUGCUGCCGCCAACGCGGCUCCUUUACUUCAGGUGGCACAGCCUUUCCAGGGCAUGCUUCAACCACCUGCUAUCGCCAGUGCUGCCCUUUUUCACCCGGCAACCCAGGCUUUUCACACCAUGCUUCAACCACCUGUUAUCGCCAGUGCUGCCCUUUUUCACCCGGCAACCCAGGCUUUUCACACCAUGCCUCAACCAACUGCUGCAAUUAGCGGCGACCCUCUUCACCCUGGACCGGAAAGCGGACAGCACUUGGACAAAGGGCCGACACCCAUGCUACUAGCUCUUCCUCCAGCAACGAGCACGCCCCAGAGAGCUGUACCGGGCCAAACUGCCACACGGCGUAAACGUCCAGGUCCUUCCCAGGAUGCACCCUCUCAGCCGUCUGGUAAAAAGACGCGAACAGGUCGAAACCCGGCACCUGCCCCUCCUCCCAUCAUGGACGCCGAAGACUCCAAUAUCGAGUUUGGCAGACCUCAGCGGAAGUCUGUCAUUCUGCCUCCGGACCUUCCCAAAUCCCUAGACGACAGGCGGCAUGCUCCAAUCGAUACUCUUAUCCCCGAGACCGAGAUGUACGAUGGCUGGCAAGGCGAGUCUCAAUUCCUCACAACGCCGGCCGUAGCGAAGCCGCUCAACUUCGCGAGUCUAUCCCUCGAUGAGCCGGCAUUCGACAACGAUGGCCCCAAAGAUAGCGACACCCGGCUCAUGGAGAUGCUGGCUGCCCAAGCCGCCCACUCGUCGGGGCCGGAUCUUCAGGAUGAGCAAGCCAUCGCCAACGAUGACAAGAUGUCGGACGAGCAGAAACGGGCCACGCUGCAAAAACUGUUAAAUAUGGCCGCUAGCAAUGGCGACGUCGACAAGGUGCAGAAACUCCUCGAUGGCAGCGCGAAGCCGUACAUUGACGUCAACGCAUCGGACGAGGAUGGCACCCCGCCGCUGAUCUAUGCUAGCUGUUUUGGCCAUGAGCCAGUUGUUCAAACUCUCGUUCUAGGCGGCGCAGACGUCAAUAAGCAGGAUCGCAACCAGUGGAGCCCUCUCAUGUGGGCAAUGACGAAUCGCCAUAAAGGAAUUGCAAAGCUGCUUUUGGAUAACGGCGCAUCCUCUGACCAAAAGACAUCAUCUGGGAGGACAGCUGCCGACUUCGUCCCUCCCGAUAGCGAGAUGUCCACCUAUCUACACACAGCCGGCUACACGAUUGGUAGCGCCGGCGUGGUGGAUGACUUCUACAGCCCAGGUCUCUCUCAGGACCGAUUUGAGGAAGAAAUAAUGGAAAAUGAAAUGCGAAGAAGGCUGAUGAUGGAGAGCGCCAGAGAUCUAGAGGUCGAUCUUGGUAACGUCGGAAUGGAUGAUCAACCAGAGUCUGCCGAUGAGUUCGAGGAGGAACAACAAGAGUUCGAUUGGAGCCGAUGUUUACACGAUCAGAUGUUCGUCUUCCAGGAACACGAGCUGGACCGGAUAUUGGAUAUUGUUAUCACACAUAUGACGCCACAACGAUCGCCAACUCAGAAGCCCGUACCCGCCAAUAUGAUUUUCCUCAGCGCUCGAUAUGCACAUUACCACUCAAGUGCAGAGCUCCUGGAGCGGCUCCUUAUAACAGCCAUGGACCGUAUUAAUGAUGUUGUGGAAAGAUACCAAUGGGAUAUGACGAUACUCGCAUUCUGGCUAUCUAACGCCACGCUGCUUUUACAUUACUUAAAGAAGGAUGCCGGGCUUGUUGAGGCUACGUCCGAGUUCCAAGCCCACUUGGCUGAACUGAUUAACGAAAUAUUUAUUCUCAUUGUUCGAGAUGCAGAGAGACGACUGGACAAGGUCCUGGAUGUGGCAAUGCUCGACCACGAAAUCAUCCCUGGUUUCGAGGAUAUUCAGUUUCAGAACGAGUGGAAGAUUUUCAAACGAAAACCUACAGUGAAAGAGGAACCGCUGGAGAAACGGUUUCGACCGCCGUCCCCGAAGCAAAGAGCAAAGCCCGCUCCUCGAAAUGUCACAUCACUCCUCUCAUCCACGUUGUUUGUCCUAGAUCUUUACGACGUCCACUCAGUGAUCACGUCGCAGAUCAUUUCUCAGCUCAUCUAUUGGAUUGGGGCCGAACUUUUCAACAGGAUCAUGUCAAACAGAAAGUAUCUGGCGAGGACAAAGGCGAUGCAAAUUCGGAUGAACAUCUCUAUUUUGGAAGACUGGGCCCGAACGAACAACCGACAAGCUGAGCAUUACGAAGCCGGUGAGAUGAAAUCUUCAGGGGAGACGACUGCGGAUGCCGCCAGGCACCACCUUGCUCCUGUUAUUCAGAUGCUCCAGUGGAUUCAAUGUUUCUCUUCACUGGCGUCAAACGAUUUGGAGGCUCUCGUGGGCACUCUCCAACAACUCAAGCGGCUCACCCCACAACAACUCAUACAUGCAGCUUCACAUUACAGACUCGAAGUUGGCGAAAAGGGUCUGACGAAGAGCGCACUAAAGUAUUUACAGGCCAUUCAGAAGGAGGCGGCUCUUAAGCGGGACCGAAGACGUAGCAGAGCUACAUCGCUAGUAUCAGCACCGGACAGCAGUCCGGCAACUCCUGUGAAGAGGAAUCAGGCACAAGGAAACGGGGCAGAUACGCCAAGCGUGCAAGGCACACCCAAUGCCAAGGGCACAGAUGGGGCGGACGAGGAUUACGAUGAUGCGCCAGAAAAUCUAUUGCUGGACCCCGCGCUCAUGCUCCCGUUCUCGCUCCCCUCGGUAACGGACAUGCUGAUUUCCUAUGGCGCGGGUUUUGGAGGAGUGAACCGAGAAAGGGAGCGCAAGUACAUCCCCACGGUGCCACCUGAGUUUCUCGAGAAGCUAGAAUUGAACGGCGGUCGGAAAGGGCGGCCCAUGUUUGGAGAAAAGGAUUGGGAGAACGAGGAAGUAUGA